CGUUAUCAACUACUGUCAGAGGCAGUUUUAUUUAAAUAUUACUGCCUUUUCUAGUCAUUAUUCCAGGUGAUGUUUAAGCUAAUUCUCGCUAGCUUGACAGCUGCAGUUUCCCCGUUAGCCAAAUUGACGGCAGCUAACUGUCUUCAGUCGCUCUCCGAGGUCCUGAAAUGCUUUCUAGUCCUUAAAGAUGUAACCUGUAAACACAGCGAAGCUGUGUUAUUUUAGGUCACACUUUGCAUCUCGUUUACUAAAAGCUAUUUCUUCGCUUGUGCUUUCUCACCUAGCUGCUAACUAGCUUGUAGCCUGGCCAAACAUUUGACAAAUAAAGGUGAGGAUCAGUGUUUUUGCCGCAGAGAAAAUGUCAAAAAGAGACGAAGCUGACGUCUACAGCAGGGAUCUGGUUUCUGACACAAACUGAUGCAGGCAGGAGGGAGAGAAAACAGGAUGAAAGAUCAGUGACCCAGACAAUUUUGUUCACGAGCAAAUCAAGUGACACUUCCACAGAGGAAGCAGAUUUUAUUCAAGAUUGUGGUGGUGUCAUCCCCCACCUUCAUCCUUGGACAACAUGACAUCCUCCAUGCUCCGAAGACAGCUGAAGAACCUGGUCCAGAACUACUCUGAGGCUGAGGUCAAGGUUAGAGAGGCCACAUCCAAUGACCCUUGGGGUCCGUCCAGCUCUCAGAUGGCUGACAUUUCUGAUCUUACCUACAACGCAAUAGCCUGCAGUGAGAUCAUGACUAUGCUGUGGAAACGGCUGAAGGAUGAUAAGAACUGGAGACACAUCCACAAGUCUCUGACGCUGCUGGAGUACCUGCUGAAGACCGGCGAUGAUCGUGUGCUUCUGAAAAUGAAAGAAAACAUCUACAUCGUUAAAGCCCUAACAGAGUAUCGCUUCGUAGAAAAGGAUGGCAAAGACCAGGGUGUAAAUGUAAGAGAGAAGGCCAAAGUUGUUCUUGUUCUUAUGGAAGAUGAUGAGAAACUGAAGGCAGAAAGAGAGUUUGCUUUCAAGACGAGAGAAAAGACGUCCAAAGGCGCUGCAGCUUCAUCCGCAGACAACGUUAAAGAUCCUGGCUACAAACCGGUGUAUGUUCCCGGAGCUACAGGGCUUCCAUCCUUGGACAACAUACCCUCUGUGGCUGACUUGACUGCGUCUUUUGCUGCCCGUAAGGAGGAGCGACUUCGACAGGAAGCUGAAAAGAAAGAAGUAGACAGAAGGGCCAAGCUGAGUGAAGACGAGCUAGCAUGGGAGGAUGCAGGCAAAUCCAAUGAUGCAAAAAGUGACGCUUGGGGAGGCGAAAAAGAGGAGGAGAAAGAGGAAGUUAAGAAGGACCCAUGGGGAGCCCCGAAAAAACCUAGUAGUGAUCCUUGGGGGGCACCAGCAAAAACGGAGGAAGAUCAAAUAGAAACAGGAGAAACUGAUGAGGAUCACUUUGCAGCACCAAAAGACAAACCUGAUCCCUUUAGUUCUUCUAAUGGCGAUCCAUUCAAUGCUCCUAAAGAUGAUCCAUUUGGGGCUCCCAAGGACGAUCCGUUCAAUGCUCCCAAGGACGAUCCGUUCAGUGCUCCCAAGGACGAUCCGUUCAAUGCUCCCAAGGAUGAUCCAUUCAAUGCUCCCAAGGAUGAUCCAUUCAAUACUCCCAAGGAUGAUCCAUUCAAUGCUCCCAAGGAUGAUCCAUUCAAUGCUCCCAAGGAUGAUCCAUUCAAUGCUCCCAAGGACGAUCCGUUCGGUGCUCCCAAGGAUGAUCCAUUCAAUGCUCCCAAGGAUGAUCCGUUCAAUGCUCCCAAGGACGAUCCGUUCAAUGCUCCCAAGGACGAUCCGUUCAAUGCUCCCAAGGACGAUCCGUUCAAUGCUCCCAAGGACGAUCCGUUCAGUGCUCCCAAGGAUGAUCCGUUCAAUGCUCCCAAGGACGAUCCGUUCGGUGCUCCCAAGGACGAUCCGUUCGGUGCUCCCAAGGAUGAUCCAUUCAAUGCUCCCAAGGAUGAUCCGUUCAAUGCUCCCAAGGACGAUCCGUUCAAUGCUCCCAAGGAUGAUCCGUUCAAUGCUCCCAAGGACGAUCCGUUCGGUGCUCCCAAGGACGAUCCGUUCGGUGCUCCCAAGGACGAUCCGUUCGGUGCUCCCAAGGACGAUCCGUUCGGUGCUCCUAAAAACGACCCUUUUAUCACCCAAACUGACGAUCCUUUCAUUGCACCAGUAUCAACAACGCCUAAAGAAGAACCCUUCCCAGAGCCAUCAUUAUCUAAAGGUGGCUCUUUCACUUCUCCCACAACACCUCCUAACGAUGCUUUUACAUCACCAACCCAACCUGUUCAAAACGACCCCUUUGCUGCACCCCCAACACCACCGAAAGAAGAUCCUUUUGCUACAUCACCCAAGUCUACAAAAGAUGACCCCUUUGCUGCACCUGUGUCUUCUCAAGAGGAUUCCUUCUCGACAGCAUCAAAACCCACAAAGGAUGACCCGUUUGCUGUGCCUUCUUCGCCACCAAAGGAGGACCCUUUCACAGUCCAAUCCAGUCCACCAGAAGAUCCCUUCCAUGCCCCUCCAGUGUCUUCGCCCCAAGACAAAGCAGAUGAGUGGGGUGCCUCAACCACUUCUCAAACCACAGGGCCUGAUGCUUGGGGGGAUGCUCCAAAGGGUGGCGAUCCCUGGGGCGAUGGAACGAGUGCCUCUUCACGAGAUGAUAAUUGUAACCCAUUUGGAGAUUCGUCCAAACCAGACAAUGACCCAUGGGGUGCUCCAGCGUCGGCUCCGGCCUCCACGGAUGAUGCUUGGGGGACGCCUGCCUCCCCCUUGGACUCGUCUGGCGACCCGUUUGGAGAUGGAUCUAAAAACAACGAUCCGUGGGGGGCGCUGAGCAGCGCCAGCGCAGGGAAGCGGACGGCGAAGGAGGAGGAAACGUGUAAAAAGACCGGUUUGUUUUUGGGCUCGGCGGGGGCGGCGCUGGUUGACCUGGACCAUCUGUUCGCCCCUGACCCAAAACCUAAACGUCACUCCCACAGCAACACGCUCGCUGCUCAGACACCAGCCAUCGGCCCUCUCAAAGCCAAAGGGAUGGCAUCUGCUCCUUUGGACAGAUCCGGGGCUUUUGCCGACCCUUUAGCCCAAAACCACGAUCCCUUCAGUCCCAGCCUAACACCCGCUCACGGAGCCAUUCCUCCCAUUUUCGGAGCUGCGGAGACGGCACAGCUUAAGGAACCAUUAUGGGCGGUUGGAGCACCUCUCUCCGCCCCCUGUGUGUUCCGUGCAGCUCAGGUGGCUCCAGAAACUGGAAAGGUCCCACCUACCUUUGUCAUAGGAAAUCCGCAGAGAGAAAUGGGAAUGAUGCCGCUGGGAUAUCCUGCUGAGGAUCCUUUGGGAACAGCUGAUGUGUCGAGUUCUUCUGACUCGGCAGGACUAAACCCGUUUAUCGGCUACUCUCCUCACACCAAAGAGGAAGGCUUCCUGGAUGAGUCGAUCACCAUCGGUGACAAUCCGUUCCUCCUCUGAUCUUCUGAAGUGUUUUUCUAUUCCUCUGUGAUGUUUAUGCUUCUGGAACUUCAACGGAGCAGAGAUUAGAUCUGCAUGCUGUUCUAAAAUUAUAAAUGAAGGAUCAGUUUUAUUCGUGUAGCCUCUGGUUUCUGCUCAUCACGUCUGCUGAGCCUGAGGAACACGUCUGCAAAGUUCUGUUCAGCAUCCCAUAAUUACACGCGUGUAACCAGAUCAGUAACGGCUUUGUUCUCGUCUCGUUGGGACCGAUUACAGGAAGUUACGUCAGUUUUAUCCCAAACCGUAAAACCGAGCCAAAGUGUUGUUCAAGAGGAUUAACUCAGGUUAAUUUUAUCCCCCGUGGCGGCCUUCCUCUCGUCUUAGUAAUCUCCACCAAAAUCAAGCUAGCAGAGCUGGCACGGCAGCUAGCUAGCGUCACCGGCUCGCCUCUCGUGGGAGGGGUUUCUUACAUGAGGACGAUUCUAAAUGGGCUUCCCAGGACCGGGGAUCCUAGUCGGUAAAAUAACGGCAGCCGGAUUUCUUUACUUUCACUUCUCACCUGAGCAGGUUUCUCAGCUCAGACUCGUUUUGUGUCUGAAACAGAAGCCGAGGUGUUGCGUGUUCAAAGUUAACUCAACUUAAUGUCGAGGAAACCAAACGACAACUUUAUAAACACAGAAGAGACGACUCUUCAGGUAAAGACUCAGCCGCCCCCUUACAGCUUAAGAAGGGAGACUCGCUCGAGGACCGGUGGUCUGAAGGAGCAAGAGGCCAUCUUUGGAGGAGAUCCGAGGUCCUGUGGUCUGAACCCGACACAAACCUCCACACUCUGCUCCUUCUGCUUUGAAGUGACAAAGUUACUCCGAUGACAAAGGAGGUGUUUAAAAGACAAAUAAGUCCAGUUGCUGUUUUUUUGUGAAACUACUAAGAAAAUCAGGCUUCGGUACAUUUAUUAUUAUUCAAUAUUCAUAUUAUUGAGUUGAGUUAUUUAUACGACACCGAUUCAUAAGAGUCGUCUCGAGGCACUUCAGAGCAAACAUUCAGUUCACGAUGCCAGUUAGUUAGCAGGUGGCAUCGAGUCACUGACUUGUGUCAGUGAGUCCCCACCCUGAGCAAGCAUGUAGCGACAGUGGAAAGGAAAACUCCCCUUAAACAGGAAGAAACCUCCGACAGGACCUUUUCUUUUCCGUUUCUUCAAGCGGCCGAUUCAGUAAAAUGAAUCCGUUUAUGGAGACGCAGGUCUGCGUGAACCCAAACCCAACAUCAGAGCCUCGUUUGGACCUACGACCACGCGCUGGACAGGAACCAGAGGCUGGUUAGUUUGUGUGAAACGAUCCUAAAACAUCAAAUUAACAGAAACUCUUAGAUUCAUGUACUGGUCUGAGAAACAGACCAUGUGAGUGUUUCCCUAAAGCUUUACCGUGUCGUGGUUCUUUGGUGGGAAAGACUUCCCCAACCUGUAGGUGCGUGUGUGUGUGUGCGUGUGUGUGUGCGUGUGUGUGUGUGUGCGUGUGUGUGUGUGCUGUAUUGUGCUGAUGUAAAUAGUCAAAGUACUUACUGAUAAAUCUGGAAGUAUUCUGUAUUUCAGAGUGUUACAAUCACAAAUAUCUAUUUAUUGAUCUAUUUAUUGAUUUAAUUAUAGCCUGAUGAGUCCUGGAGGCCUCCAGUAAAGGUCAACCAGGCAGGUCGCUUCAGGAAACGGUUCAGGAUGGUGUUCGGAGUCUCUGGGUCCUUCUGAGUUUAUGUCGGCGUGAAUAAAGCGGAUCUGCUUCGUUCCCGCUCUGUGCAUGCAUCCUGACAUCCCGCGUGUGUGUUUUUAUCCGUUUGUGCGUGAAAUUCCCUUCAGCGGAGUCUGGCCGGAUGGAUGAAUCCAAGGAUUUAGUUUCUUUAGACAUCAGCAGGAGCUGGGAACCGGUUUUCCACCCUGAAAGGAGAUUCUGGAAGUUUUCCAUUUGGUGGGAAAAGCUAACAGAGGAAUUGGAUAGAAUCUGCGUGGAUUACUGUAUGGAAGGUAUCCAGACAUCCCAUAAUACUUUUUAAAAAGUUCUUCUCAUUCAGAAGAGUUUGUCUGUUCUGACAAACCCUCUCACAGGAAGUGAGUAAGAGCCGUGAAAGUCCACUUCCUGUCUGCUGGAGAUCAGUCUGGUCAAGGUGAGAGAGGGAAGAAGCGUCAGAAUGAUGAGUGGUCCAUCUGGCUAAUAUUUAUUUAUUUUUCUGACUUAAUUUUGUAUGAAAUGAAUUUAUUUUGUCGUGUAUUUAAAUUUAAAGCUGUGUUGUAAACUGUGACGGUAUCUGAGUAUAUUUGAGAAAUAAAAUAAAACAAGAAGUCACCUCA